AAUUAACUGUCUUCGGGAAGCCGAGCCUCUGCCAGCCCUGAGCUGGGAAGAAGCAGCUACCUCGGAGGCAGGGCGCGCAGGCGGGCGGCGAUGAGAGGGGGCGCAGCCGCAGCCCCGAGCUGGGGAGCCCACCGCUAACCCUGCACCCCACCCACCCCUGCACAAAAGAGCUGGCGGGCGCUGGCCACGUCGCCCUGGGUGACCUUCCUCGCAUGCAGAAUCCGCCCCUGCGAGCAUCCUCUUCCUCCCAGGCUCUGAAGGCCUGGGGAGCGUGAGCGAUGCCCAGCUGCACCCAGGCAGGGCUCGCCUUUGUUUGCCAGUAAGGAGGAGAGGCUGUCUCAGCUGCAGAGGGGUCAUCCCUGCUUCAAGCCAGUGCCUCUUCCCAGCUCCCAUGGGGACCACUGAAGCCACGCUCCGGAUGGAAAACGUGGACGUGAAGGAGGAAUGGCAGGACGAAGAUCUUCCCAGGCCGCUCCCAGAAGAGACGGGGGUGGAAUUGCUUGGCAGCCCGGUGGAAGACACAUCCUCUCCUCCCAACACACUAAACUUCAACGGAGCGCAUCGUAAGAGGAAGACGCUGGUGGCCCCAGAGAUCAACAUUUCUCUGGAUCAGAGUGAGGGGUCCCUGCUGUCCGACGACUUCUUGGAUACCCCUGAUGACCUGGAUAUUAACGUGGAUGACAUCGAGACCCCCGAUGAGACUGACUCGCUGGAGUUCCUGGGAAAUGGCAACGAACUGGAGUGGGAAGAUGACACCCCCGUGGCCACUGCCAAGAACAUGCCCGGGGACAGCGCGGAUCUAUUUGGGGACGGCACGACGGAGGACGGCAGUGCCGCCAACGGGCGCCUGUGGCGGACGGUGAUCAUCGGGGAGCAAGAGCACCGUAUCGACCUGCACAUGAUCCGGCCUUACAUGAAAGUGGUCACCCACGGAGGAUACUAUGGCGAAGGCCUCAAUGCCAUCAUCGUCUUCGCAGCCUGCUUCCUUCCAGACAGCAGCCUCCCCGACUACCACUACAUCAUGGAGAACCUCUUCCUGUACGUCAUCAGCAGCUUAGAGCUCCUGGUGGCUGAGGACUACAUGAUCGUGUACCUGAACGGUGCCACGCCCCGGCGGAGGAUGCCUGGAAUCGGCUGGCUGAAGAAGUGCUACCAGAUGAUCGACCGGAGGUUGCGGAAAAACCUGAAGUCCUUGAUUAUCGUCCACCCCUCGUGGUUCAUUCGGACUGUGCUGGCCAUCUCUCGCCCUUUCAUCAGCGUCAAGUUCAUCAACAAGAUCCAGUAUGUGCACAGCUUGGAAGACCUGGAGCAACUCAUCCCUAUGGAACACGUCCAGAUCCCAGACUGCGUCCUGCAAUACGAAGAGGAAAGGCUGAAGGCCAGGAGGGAGAGCACGAGGCCCCAGCCAGAGUUUGUGCUGCCCAGGUCUGAAGAGAAGCCAGAGGUGGCACCAGUGGAAAACAGGUCUGCUCUGGUCUCAGAAGAUCAGGAAAUAAGCAUGUCCUGAGGCGACGUGAGCAUAACAAAGGACAUGGAAGAAGAUUCCAGAUGCCAGAAAACCUCUAUCAGACGCCCACUGGCCCCAGAUCUCAUCCUGCCUCAUCCUGAGUCCCAAUCUUCCAAGGGUGCCAGCCCCUCCGUUCAUCUCUGAAACCCAGCAUCCUUUUCAGCU